CGUAAAUUUAUUUAAACGCCGUAAAUUUAUCAUGCCAGUUAUAUCGGUGGUAUUCAUAUCGGUUUUGUAGCUGGAAUCGGUUGAUGUACCGCGAUGACAAAAAAUAUGAAUUCUUACAGUCGGUUUAUAUCAGUUCAUGCUGGUUUAUAGACUAGAUGUCCAAAUAUGAAAUACCAGGCGGAACGCUCCCCUACCGAUGCAUUUUUACAUCCCACAACUUCGGCAGAUCGCUUAGCCCCGUUCAUCUUCGGCGCAAGAGCGCUCGAUCAGUGAGCGUUCAGUCAAUCUACGCAGAGUGAAUCGGUCCCUAAGGAACCCCCGAAAGAGCUGCGAUUUAGAAGGAUGAUCUUGAUCUCCCAGAUGCGACUUCAUACCUUGAUUAGAAUGCUGCAGGGAGUUCACAUCAUUUCUUCAUCGAAUAGCGCGCUACCUUACCACUCUAAGGCCCUUGCUUGCCUUAGCCGCUCUUUUCGCUAUCGCUCUUCGCUUACUGGAGAAGGAAGUUCGUUAUCCUAACCGUCUCCUCCGGUCGUCCCUCUCCCUAUCGGUCGAGUGACUUUCUUCCUCUCCUUUCAGUCGAGCAUAUUGAUAACCUCUCCUUUCCAUUAACAUAAAGUGAAUAGAAAUAUUAUAUAUAUAUAUAUAUAUAACAUAUUGCAAGACAAUGUAUGUAAUUUAAAACUCAUAGUAAUAUUCAUGGAAUAAAUCAUAAAUAAAUUGUUUUGUUAAUUUCAUUUACUAAAACAACGUCAUUUUAUUUAAACACUGUAAAUUUAUCAUGUCGGUAAUAUUGUUGGUAUUCAUGGCAAUUUCAUGGCCGGAAUCGAUUGAUACCGCAAUGACAAAAAAAUAUGAAUUCGUGUACUGAUAUGAUCGAAAGUAACUUUCAUGUACCAACAUGACUAUAUUGUGAAAGUUUAGGGAUGAAAGUGAUGGUCUUACCUUGAAAUUAGCUAAAUGAGGUACUUAAUUUUGGUGUUUGUUUUUUUGUGUUUGGAAUUCGGCUUUAAAGCUACAAAAUAGCCGCCCACAUUUUUUUAACCAACCCCAUAUAAUUCAUCCAGAAAAUUAGUUCAAUUGUUUCCGUGCCCCAAACUUGUAAUGAAAAGAAGAAUGGGCCUGGCCCAGUUCAAUAAAUAGCACACAUUUACCAAUAUCUCCCUCCGUGAACCUCCAUAUAGUAUUGUUAGGAUUUUUUUAUUUAUAGAUACGUGUGUAGUUAGGGAAAAAAAAUCACGGGGGCUUCUAUUUAACACGCCAAGUCAAGUCCACUCCCGUCUCAAUAGAGUCCAAACAGAUUCAAUGGGCUUUUUCAGCAGUCCACAAUCCAGCCAUAGAAGCAAAAUACCGCAUCCUUUAUUCCUUCCUUUCGGGCGGUUUGGUUUUGUUGCUUCCGCCAAAUCCCAGCGCAUUCCCCGAUUGAUUCUCCGUUUUCUUCCCCCCACCCGAUGCCGGAGUUCUAGCGCCCGCCGGCGGAUCCAUCUAUCCAGUUUCCAUUUUUUGCAACUCCAUUUUCUCCGUCCCUCUGCUAACUUCAGAUAAUUCAUCGAUUACCGCCGCAGAAGAAGAACAAAAGAAUUCACGAAAAGCUGGGGAGCUUCGGGAAGACAGGGAUCGAAAGGAAGAGAAUGGCGUUCCACAGGCGGCGCCACAACUAUUACAAUGGCCUCCGUUCUCUUCUCCCCUUGAUCUCCGCCGUCUCCGGAUUCCUCCUCAUCCUCCUCGCCGUCCUCUUGUUCCUCGCCCCUUCCCCGAACGAUUCCGGCGACAUGUACAACAAUCGCCUCCGCCACGUGACCGACGACGAUGAGGCCGAUACGGAGUCGGCGGCGGGAGACAGCCACCCCGUAUUCCGCGUGCCGGAUCGCGGUGGAGCGUUGGAUCGUGAUAUUUGGAGCUCGAGGAAUUCCAAGUUCUUCUAUGGCUGCAGCAACGCCAGCCAUAGUUUUCGGAAUGCUGACGCUAUUACGAAGCCAGAUCGAUAUUUGCUGAUCGCUACAAGUGGAGGUUUGAAUCAACAGAGGACCGGGAUUACAGAUGCGGUUGUUGCUGCUCGAAUUCUUAAUGCCACUCUUGUCGUGCCUAAGCUGGACCAGAAAUCAUUUUGGAAGGAUUCAAGUAAUUUUUCAGAGAUCUUCGAUGUUGAUUGGUUUAUCUCUUCACUAAAAAAUGAUGUCAAAAUAAUAAAAGAGUUACCAAGAAAGGGUGGGAAGACUUGGACUCCCCAUAACAUGCGUGUUGCAAGGAAGUGUAGUGAAAGGUGCUAUGAAACCCGUGUAUUACCUGCUCUUUUGAAAAGGCAUGCAAUUCAGUUAGGCAAGUUUGACUACAGGCUGGCAAAUAGGUUGGAUACACAACUUCAGAAGUUGCGAUGCCGAGCUAACUACCAUGGUUUAAGGUUCACCGAGCCAAUUCGAAAAAUGGGUGAGAUGUUGGUCAACAGAAUGAGGUCGAGAAGCAAGCAUUAUAUUACAUUGCACCUUAGGUUUGAACCUGAUAUGUUGGCAUUCUCUGGCUGCUACUAUGGUGGAGGUGAUAGGGAAGAUAAAGACCUGAGUGCCAUACGGAAGAGGUGGAAAACCUUGCAUUCAAAGAACCCUGAGAAGGAAAGAAGGCAUGGGAAAUGCCCACUCACUCCACACGAAGUUGGUCUUAUGUUGAGGGCAUUGGGUUAUGGCAGUGAUGUCCACAUAUAUGUGGCCUCAGGAGAAGUUUACCGAGGGGAAGAGACAUUGGCGCCUCUAAAAGCACUCUUCCCCAACUUCUAUACAAAGGAUACUCUUGCAAGCCGCGAGGAGUUACAACCAUUCUCUUCAUUUUCCUCGAGGAUGGCUGCACUUGACUUCAUUGUUUGUGACGAAAGUGAUGUGUUUGUGACAAAUAAUAAUGGCAACAUGGCAAAAAUCUUAGCUGGGCGUAGGAGAUAUUUUGGACACAAGCCUACUAUUCGACCAAACGCUAAGAAGCUCUACCGCUUGUUCUUGAACCAGAACAACAUGACUUGGGAGGCAUUCGCUUCUAGAGUUCGCACGUACCAGAAGGGCUUCAUGGGCGAACCAAAAGAGGUUAGACCCGGCAGGGGAGAGUUUCACGAGAAUCCCCAUACCUGCAUAUGCGAGGAAACAGAAACAAAGGCGAGAAAGGAAUCGCGGCCUAGAAAAUUAGGGAAAGGCUAUAAUAAUGCAACCUCUGGAGAAGAUUCCGAGAACCAAAACACAGAAAAUGAUCCAGAUCCGCUCGAUCCAGAUACCGACGACGAUCAAGAUCUGGUGGAAGAGAUAGGAGUUUUCAACAACACAAGUAUGGAUUAUGAUGGAUUUAACUCCGAGGACCACGAGUUUGAGGACUUACUGUCUGACUGAAGCUGAACAGACUCUCUCAUCAUUUCCUGCAUAUAUGAAACCUAAUUUUUUGCCUUCUGCCACGAAAGAGAAAGCUCGCAAGGAGAGAUGGGUGAGAAAUGCUUGUUUCAGGGAGAAGUCUUGGCAGCUGUGCAAUUGAAGGAUAGCUGGUGGGUUAUGCCGAGCUUGGAUCAUCAUCAUCGGCCUUCCCUUUUCCUUGCCCUUGAAUCUUUCUAUCCUUCGCUCCCCGGUACCGUCUGACAUCAUUGGUUAUCAGAGGCUUGCAGGUGAGAAACUGAGUCUCUCUGAUGAAUCCUCUGCUAGCUCUUCUGAAAGUCGGUGCGAAGAAAGAGCGGGACAAUGUACUGGAUGGCCUUGCUUUUGAUUAAUUAAGCUUCUUUCUUUGGCUAGGUAGGACACAGAGGCUAGACGAAGAAAAGAAGGCCUGUAAUUUUUGUAACCUCCUUUUGAAACUUAUUGUUAACUUACCAGCAAAGCAUGCCCCUUGGAUGAUGGGGGCAUAAAAUCCUAGGUUAGGGAGUUUGGUUGUUUAUGCUAACUUUUAGGAGACUGGAGUUAGGGUUUUAUACAGCUGUAGUUGAAUUUCUUAUCUUGGAAGAGAUUGUACAAAGUAACAGAUAUAUUGUUUCAGUUUCUCUGGCAAGACCAUUCCUCAGUGUUCUAGCCCCAUGAUUUUUGUUACGACAUUCGCUUCAGCUUUCCGUGGUGCUGUAUUAUUUUGCAUAAUCUUCCUACCAAAUCAAUCCUUAUCUGACCACUAAAUUAACAGAUCUCUUGAAACUAACAAGCACGACAUCUAUUAGCACUGAACUAAUGGAACUCAAAAGAAGAAGUCACUCAAAAUACGAAAAGGAAAUAUAUAUACAAAUCUACAAGUUAUCUUCUCAAUCGUCAAUAUACUGUUGGACAUGGGCCAACCUAGGACCACCGCUCACUUCCACAAUCUAAUGUGAAGGGAGAUAUUGUAGCGCCCAUUAAGAUGAAUGAAAUUAAUAUCUCCCAUAAGAAAAGGAUAUUGAACAA